GGCACGCAAGCGGCGUACGGCGGCGGCUAGGGGUCGCGAGCCGGCGGAGGAGUGGCGGGCGCGCGCGGAGGAGCCCGGGGCGUCGGACGCGUCUCCCCCCCCUCCCCACGCCUCCCUCCCCCAUCCCCCUCCCGCUCCGCCUCCUCCCCCCCCUCUCCCUUCCCCCUCCCCCCGACGAUGUUUCGCUACGAGUCCCUAGAAGAUUGUCCUCUGGAUGAAGAUGAUGAUGCUUUUCAGGCUCUGGGGGAAGAAGAUGAAGAUAUUGAUCAAUUCAAUGAUGACACAUUUGGAGCCGGUGCAGUUGAUGAUGAUUGGCAGGAAGCACAUGAGCGCCUGGCUGAAUUGGAAGAGAAGCCAGUGGUGGCAGUUGAACAGACAGGCAAUGGGAGCACUGAUGAGAUGGACUUGCUGGGAGACCAUGAAGAAAACCUGGCUGAAAGGCUCAGUAAAAUGGUGAUUGACAAUGAACUGGAGGACCCAGCAAUCAUGAGGGCACUGCAGACCAGGCCUGUUCUGCAGCCUGGAGGUCUCAAUUCUAGCAUUUGGGAUGGCUCUGCAGUUCUGAGACGCAUACGAGGACCACUUCUUGCUCAGGAAAUGCCCACAGUGUCUGUGUUAGAAUAUGCCUUGCCUCAGAGACCCCCACAGGGCCCGGAAGAGGAGCGGGACCUUUCUGAGCGGGCAUUACCAAGGCGUUCAACUUCUCCCGUCAUUGGGAGCCCUCCUGUCAGAGCGGUCCCAAUAGGCACCCCACCUAAGCAGAUGGCUGUACCCAGCUUUAACCAGCAGAUUCUUUGUCCGAAGCCUGUUCAUGUUCGUGCCCCGAUGCAACAGCGAUAUCCUGCUCCCUAUGGCGAGAGGAUGUCUCCAAACCAGCUCUGCGGUGUCGCGAACUCUUCCCUUCUGGGCCACCCAUUCCCUCCCAGUGUCACACCUGUUCUCAGCCCUAUUCAGAGGGCACAGCUUCUAGGAGGAGCACAGCCUGGACGAAUGUCUCCCAGCCAGUUUGCUCGUCUCUCUGGAUUUGUAAGCAGUCCCCUUGCUACUAUGAAUCCCAAGUUGCUUCAAGGACGGGUUGGACAAAUGAUUCCCCCAGCUCCUGGCUUCCGUGCCUUCUUUGGCGCACCUCCACCAGCUACACCACCCCCAGCACAGCAGCAUCCCUCUUGCCCAGGACCUCACCUACAAAACCUAAGACCUCAGUCCCAGAUGUUCAGACCAGACACAACUCACCUUCACCCACAGCACCGUCGACUCUUACAUCAGAGACAGCAACAGAAUAGAAAUCAACAUCGAAGUAUAAAUGGUGCAACUGGGGAUCGAGGAGGUCACCGGAGCAACCAUCAGGAGCAGCUACGGAAGGACCCAUAUGCAAACCUUAUGUUACAGCGGGAGAAGGAUUGGGUCUCAAAGAUCCAGAUGAUGCAAUUACAAAGCACUGAUCCCUACCUGGAUGACUUUUAUUACCAGAACUACUUUGAGAAACUGGAGAAACUCUCAGCAGCUGAGGAAGUGCAUGGAGAUGGCCCCAAGAAAGAACGUACCAAGCUGAUCACUCCCCAAGUGGCAAAGCUGGAGCAUGCCUACAAGCCAGUGCAAUUUGAGGGCUCUUUGGGAAAGCUUACUGUCUCUAGUGUGAAUAAUCCCCGGAAAAUGAUCGAUGCUGUGGUAACAUCCCGGAGCGAAGAUGAUGAGACCAAAGAGAAACAAGUUCGGGAUAAGAGACGAAAGACUCUCGUUACAAUUGAGAAAACAUACAGCCUGCUCCUGGAUGUGGAAGACUAUGAAAGGCGCUACGUUCUCAGCCUGGAAGAGGAGCGGCAGGCCCUGAUGGAGGAGAGAAAGCAGAAGAUAUGUGGCAUGUAUGACAACCUGAGGGGGAAACUGCCUGGGCAGGAGAGGCCAAAUGAUGACCACUUUAUGCAGAUUAUGUGUAUCCGUAAAGGGAAGAGAAUGGUUGCCCGUAUUCUCCCUUUCUUGUCCAAAGAGCAAGCAGCUGACAUCCUCUUGGCAACAGCCAGGAACUUGCCUUUUCUGAUCAAGAAGGAUGCCCAAGAUGAGGUUUUACCUUGCUUACUGAGUCCCUUUUCCCUUCUCCUGUAUCAUCUUCCAUCAAUGACUGUCACCAGCCUUCUGCAACAGCUAAUGAACCUACCUCAAAGUGCAGCUGCACCAGCACCCGCCAACCCACACCUCACUGCUGUGCUCCAGAACAAGUUUGGCCUGUCAUUGCUCUACCUGGUCCUGAGCCGAGGAGAAGAGCUACAGAGUUCAGAGCCAUCUCCCGAGUUAAUGCAGGACAACCAGUGGACAGAGUUGAUGUUCAUGGCCACAAGAGAACUCCUACGGAUUCCCCAAGCAACGCUGGCCAAGCCUGUCUCCACACCUGCAAACCUAGCAUCCCUCUUUUCUCGAUAUGUUGACCGACAGAAACUGAACCUGCUUGAGACAAAAUUGCAGUUGGUUCAGGGGAUACGGUAGAAGAGCUCUGGAGGCACCUGUGUCUCCAGGUGGCCGCUAUCUGCACUGCUGCCAUCACCAAUGGAGUGUUUUCAGUGGGGGAGGGAAAGUGGCUCCUUCCCCAGAGCAAAGCCUUGUGGGAUUGUUUCUCAUCGAUAACUGGUAUUUGGAGAUAGCCCCGAUCUCCUGCCUCCUCCUCUCCGCUCGGGAAACUUGGCUGGCUAUGACUUUUGCUGGUUUCUACUCCUCACUACUAGGUCACAAUUCUGCAUGCCCUGCCCCACCCCCAGUUCUUUUUAAUUUCACUGGGUUUUUUUUUUUUUUUGGCUACAGAGUCACAGAUGUAAUCUCUUUAAUCUGAUGUUUUCCCAUCAUUCAUGCUGAAAGUAAAUUAUAGCCCACCAAAAAUAUUCUUCCCCUACCCUGUUUGAUGCGUUCCAGUUCCUUGGCCCUUAUUAACAAGAUUCUAGGAGGGGACAUUAGAUAGAAAUCCUGUUAUUUGUGUUGUCUCCAGAGUUCCAAAGGAGUGAUGUGAUGGCUUGGGGAAAAAAAAAACCUUUCAUUGGGCUAUCGACCAGCUCUUUGUAACUAACAGCCAGCUGGAAUGUGGGGAAUGUGUCUGUCUACUCCAUCCCCAAAUCUGACUUGCUGAUUGCCCUUCGUGCUAGCUUAUACAAAUAUGGGGAUCCAUCCCCAAGAGAAAUCAUUGAGCAAUGCUCUAUCUCAUUAGGUGCCCAACUCUGCUCAGAUAUCCUCAUUUGUCUCCUCAUUGCUCCUUCUGCUUCUGUUUUCAUCUCCUCACUGUGGAAACAGCACAUGCUUUAGUUUUUGUCCUCACUGAAAUCAUAAGAAAUGAGUUCAUGCUUUCUGCCCCUUCCUUGAGAGCCUGCACAGGAUGACUGAUUCUCUCCCGUAGUCUGCAUUAGCCACGUAGGAACCUAACUUCACAUCUUUGCACACUUACCUACCCUGUCUUCCUGCGAAUGCUUUAGAAAGCUCUCCUGUGACUCUUCUCUAAUCCUUUUUGGUUUGAUCCUUAAUGGGUAGAGGCCUCCAACUAUAACCAUGGAUUCUGAGUUUGACUUGGUCCUCCCUUCUCCCCUCCACCCCCCCCACCCAUAAGUAGAGCUGCUGUCCCUGCUCCGUUUCACUCAAGUCCCAUUUCCCAGAUAAUGGUGGGGCCUGGGUUUGAAGCCCAGCCGGAACAGCCCCUUGCAUUGCCCCGAUUUCCUUAACAAAAUUAACCAGGGGGCCUGGGUUUUAUCCCCAGCAGGCAUAGCCCCCAGGACAAUUUAAUCUGAUGAAUUUUCAUAAUCAUCCUAUACUGUUUCCUGCUGUUCGCACCUUUUGGAAUGUGGUGGAGAGGAGAGGUUCUUUUAUUUAAGAAGAUGAACAUUUUGCACAUAUGUAUUGUACAACCAGUGAAAUCCUCCGUUAUAACCAGCCUCUCUUCCAUCACUCUCGGUUCACCAUCUCUUCCCCUUAUCCAGCUCCAGCUUCUUUCCCAACCAUUCCUUCCCCCACUAACAUCCAGUUUUUCCCCCAACCAUCACUUAUUGAAUAUUUCUACCUAUGCACCUUCCUCUUCACCCCUCCUCCCCCAGCUGAUCAAGUGGACAUUUCAUCCUUUUUUCCUUCCUGUGCUUUUACUUUUUUUGUUUGGUUCUGAUUAAUGAAAAUAAAAGUUUCUAAAUUUACAUUUUUAUAGGGUAUUGUAAAUAAAAACAAAUUGUAUACUUGAGAAUU